CCUCUCAAAGUUGCAGUCGGUGAGGCUGGUCCGUCCAGCCCGAGUCCCCUAGCGGAGGAAACCGGGCCUACAGCGAGAAAUUGAAAAUAAGGAUGAGCGCCAUGUCUGAUCCUCCGCCUGUGGAAUAGAGCGGACGGCGGAGCGAUCGUGUUCCCCGGGCCUGCGAUCCCUUCGGGGUUUCGGUGUGCAGUCAUGGCCGACAGCGCGGGGAUUCAACAAGGUUCGCCGGCCGUCGGAGCCGCGGGCCUGGUUCCGGCCGCUCCCGGAGCCGCGGGGACGGAGGGCUCUGGCGCCGCCGGAGGAUCUGCGCGCAUAGCCGCGAAGAAGGCGCAACUCCGCUCCUCGCCGCGGCCGAAGAAACUGGAAAAGCUCGGGGUGUAUUCAUCCUGCAAAGCUGAAGGAGCCUGUAAGUGUAAUGGCUGGAAAAGUCAGAACCCGCCUCCAACCCCUCCUCAAACUGACCAGCUGUCCAACACGGUAAACCUGCAGGAACCUUGUCGGAGCUGUUCUCACACCCUAGGUGAUCACGUGACUCAUCUCGAAAACGUUUCUGAAGAGGAAAUGAACAGACUACUAGGUAUCGUUCUGGAUGUGGAGUAUCUGUACACCUGUGUUCACAAAGAGGAGGAUGCUGACACCAAACAAGUCUACUUCUCCCUCUUCAAAUUGUUGAGAAAAUCUAUCCUACAGAUGGGUAAGCCAAUGUUGGAGGCACAAGAGAGUCCCCCGUUUGAAAAGCCCAGCAUCGAACAGGGAGUAAACAAUUUUGUACAGUACAAAUUCAGCCAUCUACCGUCAAAGGAACGACAAACAAUCAUGGAGCUGGCCAAGAUGUUCCUGAACCAGAUCAACUACUGGCAGCUGGAAACGCCGUCUCAAAGACGCCAAAGGGUACCAAGUGAUGACGCAGUUGGAUACAAAGUCAACUACACCAGGUGGCUCUGCUACUGCAACGUGCCGCAGUUCUGUGAUAGCCUACCCCGCUACGAGACCACGCAGAUCUUCGGCCGGACGUUGCUGCGCUCCGUGUUCACUGUGAUGAGAAAGCAACUGCUGGAGCAGGCCAGGCAGGAGAAGGACAAGCUUCCUCCUGAGAAACGCACUCUCAUUCUCACACACUUUCCCAAAUUCUUAUCCAUGCUGGAAGAGGAAGUUUACAGUCACAGCUCCCCCAUCUGGAGCCAAGACUUCUUGGCGGGAGCAACAGGAGGGCAGAUUCCUAUCCACACAGUGAUAAGUGCUCCCCCAGUAGCCAGGCCAAUAUACUACAGCACCAGUCCUGUGUCAGUGGACCCGUCCACUUGCGGCAGCGGCAGCCCUGCCAGGAAACCCACCUCUGUUCUGGAGUCAAACCCAGUUGGAGAAAAGCGUAAAACCUCAGAGCCGCUUCACCAUGAAGAGAACAAGAGACCCAGGGUGGUGGGCGACAUCCCCAUGGACCUCAUCAAUGAAGUCAUGGCGACCAUCAGUGACCCUGCCACCAUUCCAGAGACCAGUUUGCUGUCUGCUCAUUCCGCUCGGGAUGAAGCUGCCCGCCUUGAAGAGCGGCGAGGCGUAAUCGAAUUUCACGUCAUCGGGAACUCGCUCAAUCAGAAGCCAAACAAGAGGAUCCUAAUGUGGCUUGUUGGACUCCAGAACGUUUUCUCCCACCAGCUUCCCCGGAUGCCCAAGGAGUACAUCACCCGACUGGUCUUUGACCCGAAACAUAAAACACUGUCUCUGAUAAAAGAUGGCCGCGUCAUCGGAGGGAUUUGUUUCAGGAUGUUCCCAUCGCAGGGCUUCACAGAGAUCGUCUUUUGUGCCGUCACAUCCAAUGAGCAAGUCAAGGGUUAUGGGACUCAUUUAAUGAACCACCUAAAGGAAUAUCACAUAAAACACGAAAUACUCAACUUCCUCACCUAUGCUGAUGAGUACGCUAUUGGGUACUUCAAGAAACAGGGUUUCUCAAAGGACAUUAAGGUUCCUAAGACCAAGUAUGUGGGCUACAUCAAGGACUACGAGGGAGCAACGCUGAUGGGCUGCGAACUCAACCCCAGCAUCCCCUACACGGAGUUCUCCGUUAUCAUCAAGAAGCAGAAGGAGAUCAUCAAGAAGCUGAUAGAAAGGAAGCAGGCCCAGAUCCGAAAGGUCUACCCGGGGCUGUCCUGUUUUAAGGACGGGGUCCGGCAGAUUCCCAUCGAGAGCAUUCCCGGCAUCCGUGAGACUGGCUGGAAGCCUGCAGGCAAGGGGAAGGAAUUGAAGGACCCCGAGCAACUUUACAGCACCCUGAAAACCAUCCUGCAGCAUGUAAAGAGUCACCAGAACGCCUGGCCUUUCAUGGAGCCUGUGAAGAAAACUGAAGCACCAGGUUACUACCAAGUUAUUCGCUUCCCCAUGGACCUGAAGACGAUGAGCGAGCGCCUUAAGAGCCGGUACUACACGACGCGGAAGCUUUUCAUGGCCGACAUGCAGCGCAUCUUCACCAACUGCCGCGAGUACAACGCUCCGGAGAGCGAGUACUACAAGUGUGCCAACAUACUGGAGAAAUUCUUCUACACCAAGAUCAAAGAGGCAGGCCUCAUCGAGAAGUAGAUGGAAGAUGAAAGGUUCUCCUUUCAAGGAUCCCAGCAAAGGUUCAGUUAGCGGGUAACGCAGAGGACGGGGAAAAAACGGAUUACAGAUCGAGGAGUGAGUCUCAGAAUCCUGUUCGACGCAUGCUGGCCCACAUCCUGAAUCGCUUCCUCCUAUGAAAGAUCGGCCUGUAGGGAUGUAGACACUGAAGAAUAGAGACUAUUUCUGAUUGUAAAAAAAAAAAAAAUGUCUUUGUGCGACCCACAAAACUGCGAUGGAUCUGUUAUUUGCUCCUGAAAAUGAUCAAACAUUGACAGCUGAUUGAAAUAUUUUUCCACAGAUCUAACUUCAUGGGGUUUUACGUUUGUUUUUUUACACAGCCUCUUAGUGUUUGCCUUUUGCUCUCAUUUGACUCAGGUUGUCAUGUGAAGGAGCCAAAUGUUCGAUGGGUCGAGUCUUUGAGAAUAACUGUUACCUGUGAGCAAAACGAGCUGAAGCUCUCCUGUCCUACUCUGUAGUUAUGAGCAUGAACAGCGCUGCAGCUCAGGUUUGUGUGCGAUGAGUUCAUCCUGCCAAAAGAGGACUAGAACCUUUAAAUUUUGUACAUAUUUUAAUCAUUUUGAAGCACUUAUGCCCAAUGUAUAUUUUAAAUAUAUAUCCCUAAAGUACAUUUUCCCCCCCCAUUAACCCACAAAGGGCAGUUCCGACUAUCAAAAUGCACUUUUUCCCCAAAGUAUUAACAUGAAUUUUAGCCUCUUGUCCUUCUUUCUUCUACUUAUGGAUUACACUGUCAACUCAGAACUACUUUAAUUAUCUAGAGUUUAUUCUUAUUUAUGUGCUUUAAAUUCAGAAGAAUUAUGUUUAAGACAAGGUCUUAAUUUAUUAUCUUAUUUCUUUUUUUUUUUUUGUCCUGCAGAUGGAGAUUGAUAACUUUAUACUCUGGAGAUAAAUGAAAAGAUUGUGCAAUACAAUGUAGUUUUGCUGUUUUGUAAAAAGGUGUUUGUACUUUCCAAAGUUUAGGAAAAAUAACCUUUUGUAAUAUGUCUGUAAAAAAAUAUAUUUCAUGCUCUUUGUACAAUUGGUUUUAUUGACCUAGAAUUAGCCUAUUUUGUAGACUAAAUAAAACAAAUGCGAGGCUAA